AUGGUGUCACUCAAGUCGGCCUUCCUGGCCGCCACCUACGCGGUUUCGGCUGCUGCCGUCGACAUCACCGUCAAGUCUUCCGGCGGCAAUGCCACCAGUGGCCACCAAUACGGAUUUCUCCACGAGGACAUCAACAACUCUGGCGACGGCGGCAUCUACGCCGAGCUGAUCCGUAACAGAGCUUUCCAGUACAGCGACGAGUUCCCCGUCUCCCUCGCCGCCUGGCACCCGGUCAACGGCGCGAAGCUGGCCCUCAAGAACCUCGCUCAGCCCCUUUCCAGCGCCCUUCCCGUGUCCGUCCAGGUCUCCGGCGGCAACAGCUCCGGCGCCAUCGGGCUCAAGAACGACGGCUACUGGGGCAUGGACGUCAAGGUGCAGAAGUACACCGGUUCCUUCUGGGUCAAGGGCGCCUACGACGGUGUCUUCACCGCCUCGCUGCAGUCCGCCCUGACCGACGACGUCUUCGGCUCCGUCGAGAUCCAGUCCAAGGCCAAGGCCGACGAGUGGGUUGAGCACGAGGUCGAGCUCGUCCCGGAGAAGAAUGCUCCUAACAGCAACAACACCUUUGCUAUCACCUUUGAUCCUGCGGGCACUGCCAACGGCUCGUUGAAUUUCAACCUGAUCAGUCUGUUCCCUCCCACCUACAAGGGUCGUAAGAACGGUCUGCGUAUCGACAUUGCCGAGGCUUUGGCCGGUUUACAUCCUAGCUUGCUUCGUUUCCCCGGUGGCAACAUGCUGGAGGGGCUGAACAACAAGACCUACUGGGACUGGAAGGACACCCUCGGGCCCCUAAAAGACCGCCCCGGUUUCCAGGGCGUAUGGGGUUACCAGCAGACGCAUGGCCUGGGUCUCGUCGAGUACCUCGAGUGGGCUCAGGACAUGAACCUGGACGUCGUCAUCGGCGUCUGGGCCGGCCUCGCCCUCAACGGCGACGUCACCGCCAAGGAGGACCUGCAGCCCUUCAUCGACGACGCCCUCGACCAGAUCGAGUUCAUCCGCGGCCCCGCCGACUCCAAGUGGGGCGCCCGCCGCGCCGAGCUGGGCCACCCGGAGCCCUUCACGCUCGAGUACGUCGAGGUCGGCAACGAGGACUGGCUCGCCGGCUACCCCGGCGGCUGGGAGUCGUACAAGGAGUACCGCUUCCCCAUGUUCAUGGAGGCCAUCCUGGCCAAGUACCCGGACAUCACCGUCAUCUCCUCGGGCGCCACCUCGGACGCCGACGGCUACGACAUCCCCCCGCCGGCCAUCGGCGACUACCACCCGUACCGCACCCCCGACGCCCUCGUCGAUGAGUUCGACCGCUUCGACAACGACAUCGGCCACAUCGUCGGCGAGGUCGCCGCCACCCACCCCAACGGCGGCAUCGGCUGGGAGGGCAACCUGAUGCCCUUCCCCUGGUGGAUCGGCACCGUCGGCGAGGCCGUCUCCCUCAUCGGCUACGAGCGCAACGCCGACCGCAUCCCCGGCACCUUCUACGCCCCCGUCCUCCGCAACAUGAACCGCUGGCAGUGGGCCGUCACCAUCGUCCAGUUCGCCGCCGACCCGGCCAUCACCACCCGCUCCACCAGCUGGUUCGUCUGGGAGCUCUUCGCCGCCCACCCCAUGUCCGAGACCCUGCCCACCGUCGGCGAGUUCGGCCCCGCCUACUGGGUCGCCGGCAAGAACGAGGCCAAGGGCAGCCUGAUCUGGAAGGGCGCCGUCUACAACACCACCGACAGCGCCGACGUGCCCAUCAACGUCCGGUUCGAGGGCGUCGCCGCCGGCACGACGGCCUCGCUGACUGUCCUGACCAACCCCGGCGGCGACCCGUACGCGUACAACGACCCCCUCGCCGGCACUAACGUCGUCGCCAGCAACACCACCACCGUCACGGCCAACGAGGACGGCGUCUUCGCCUUCAGCCUGCCCGAGCUCAGCGUUGCCCUCCUCGACACGGAGGGUUCUGCCGGAGCGAAGCAGGCCGCCCGGGCUGUCAAGAGUUUCCGGGCAUAG